CAAGCGAGAGCGGUUUGUAUUGCCAGUGGCUGUCAUGUCUGGUCGUGGCAAACAAGGAGGUAAGACCCGUGCCAAAGCCAAGUCGCGGUCGUCCCGCGCAGGUCUGCAGUUCCCAGUGGGGCGAGUGCACCGCCUGCUGCGCAAAGGCAACUAUGCCGAGCGGGUGGGGGCCGGCGCGCCCGUAUACAUGGCGGCAGUCCUCGAGUACCUGACCGCUGAAAUCCUGGAGCUGGCGGGCAACGCGGCCCGAGACAACAAGAAGACGCGCAUCAUUCCUCGUCACCUGCAGCUGGCCAUUCGUAAUGACGAGGAACUGAACAAGCUGUUGGGCAAAGUCACCAUCGCCCAGGGCGGCGUUUUGCCGAACAUCCAGGCCGUGUUGCUCCCCAAGAAGACGGAGAGUCACCACAAGGCGAAGGGCAAGUGAGGCUGGUCUCCGGAAGCCUUCUCAAGCCCCCUACUCGAAGGGGCACCUGUGAAAUCAAAGGCUCUUUUCAGAGCCACCCACUUUUUCAAAUAAAAAGGGUUGUUCCAACA